AUGAUCCCUCCAUCACUUCUCGCUCUACUCGCUCUCCCGCUGUUCGCUUCUGCUCAUUUCGAGCUCUCCUUCCCCGCUCCACGAGGCAACGAUGACGAGAACCAAGCGACCUUCCCCUGCGGCGGCUACGACCAGACUCAGAAUCGGACCCGCGUCUCCAUGACGUCUGUAGCUGUCGCCGUCGAGCUAGGCCACACCGAAAACUUGUUUCAAAUCGCUCUUGCCAUCGGCAAUGAUGUCGGUGACAGCUUCAACACGAUCAUCCUCCCAACCAUUGAGGAAUUCGGACCUGGAGAGUUCUGCCUAGCUGCUAUCCCUAUCCCAGCUGAUCUCAACAUCACCGAGGGAACUAAUGGCACCAUUCAAGUUAUCACCAACAGCCACGAUGGAAGCGGUCUUUAUAACUGCGCCGACAUUACAUUCACAUCAACUUCACCCGAAGAGCCAUCAUCUUGCACGAACGGCACCGGUAUCUCCGCAUCUCCUCUUGUUGGAAGUGCCUACGUCAAUGCCAAUGAAUCCUCUAGCCAUGAAGGUGACCACGCCAGUAGUUCCGCCGCUCCAUCUGGUACUGCAGCAUCAGCUACAGGCAGUUCGACACCCACCCCCACUGGAAACUAUGCCAGCAUGCUCUCCGUCGGCUGGGGAUUGCUGGGAGCUGCCGUUUUGGGCGGUGUCGCCAUGUUGUAA